CGGGAGACCGAGGGAAGCUAAAGCCCUGAGUACUGCAAACGUCGAAUUUGAACAGCUUUACUAAUAUAUUUGCUUGUGUUAUUCACUACAGUGGUGGUCGGUUUUAUAAUUUAUGAGGCUACAUUUAACGUCAACCGUCUCUAGUACUACGUAACUGUGUCGCUUUACGUAGGUAGCUUUAACUGUCAAAGCUAACGGUGCAGGCUAACGUUAACUUAAAUUCAACGCGUCGAGGCCGCAUGAUGUAGCUAGCUAGGUUAAAAAAGUUGGCUCAUUUUAGCGAUCUAGUUUGCUAAUUCGCGUUAGCUCAAUGCUUUGUUAUGUUAACUAGUAUAUUUACGGUGUAAUACAUUCAUUUCUGAUUGAUAGAGGUCUGCAACGACCACGACCAUGUUUAUCUACCUCAGCAAGAAGAUUGCUAUCCCCAACAAUAUACAUCUAAAAUGUGUCUCCUGGAACAAAGAUCAAGGCUUCAUUGCCUGUGGAGGAGACGAUGGUCUUCUCAGAGUACUCAAGCUUGAAACUCAGACAGAUGAUGCCAAACUUAAAGGUCUUGCUGCACCCAGUAAUCUGUCAAUGAAUCAGACUCUAGAGGGACACAGUGGUGCAGUGCAAGUGGUCACGUGGAAUGAACAGUAUGAAAAGCUGACAACCAGUGACCAGAAUGGACUCAUCAUUGUAUGGAUGCUGUACAAAGGUGCGUGGUAUGAGGAGAUGAUCAACAACCGGAACAAAUCGGUGGUGAGGAGCAUGAGUUGGAACGCUGAUGGUCAGAAGAUCUGCAUCGUGUAUGAAGAUGGAGCCGUCAUUGUUGGAUCUGUAGAUGGAAACCGGAUUUGGGGAAAGGAGCUAAAGGGAAAUCAGCUUGCUCAUGUGGCAUGGUCGCCAGACAGCAAGAUUCUCCUCUUCGGCAUGGCCAACGGGGAAGUACAAAUCUAUGACAAUCAAGGAAACUUCAUAAUAAAAAUGACCAUCAGCUGUCUCACCAAUGCCACUGGAGCUGUCAGUAUAGCAGGUAUCCACUGGUACACAGGAAAUGGAGGUUACGUUGAACCGGACUGUCCAUGCCUUGCUAUCUGCUUUGACAAUGGAAGAUGCCAGAUCAUGCGCUAUGAGAAUGAUGAAAACCCAGUGUGUAUUGACACCCUGAUGAAUGUGGUCAGUAUCCAGUGGAAUCAUUGUGGCAGUGUUCUGGCAGUGGCAGGUUCACUCAGAACCUCAAAUCUGGAGAAAGAAUUCAAUGUUGUGCAGUUCUACACACCAUUUGGAGAGCAUCUGAGAACUCUAAAAGUUCCCGGGAAGCAGAUGACAGGAGUUGCCUGGGAGGGAGGAGGGCUGCGUAUAGGCCUGGCUGUGGACUCCUACAUCUACUUUGCCAACAUAAGACCAGACUAUAAGUGGGGCUACUGUUGCAGCACAGUGGUGUAUGCCUACACCAAGCCAGAGCGGCAAGAGUACUGCGUGGUGUUCUGGGACACCAAAAACAAUGAGAAGUUUGUCAAAUAUGUCAAGAGCUUGAUGUCUAUCACUACCUCAGGGGACUUCUGCAUCCUGGCCAGCAAGGCAGAUGACACCCAGCCGCAGGAGGAUGCUGAGUUAGAGUCUGGGUGUCAUGCAAGGUAUGUGCUGAUUUUGUGCAACUCCAUUGGGACUCCACUGGACUCCAAAUACAUUGACAUUGAACCACUAUUUGUCACCAUGACCAAGACACAUGUGAUUGCUGCAUCCAAGGAGGCUUUCUACUUGUGGCAGUACAGAGUUGCGAAAAAAUUAACUGCUCUGGAGAUCAACCAAGUGACGAGAACUAAGAAGGAGGGAAGAGAGAGGUUCUACCACAUUGACAGCAAUCCAUCUGGAGCCAGUGACAGUGGUGCAGACUUUGCAAAAGCCUUCACAGCAACUCGAGAUGCCAUUUGUUGUAUUACAGCAACAGAUAAGACCAUGAUUGUGGGCCGUGAGUCUGGCACCAUCCAUAGGUACAGCCUCCCAAAUGUUGUUCUCAUCCAGAAAUACACUUUGAACAACCGAGCCUACUAUCUGUCGUUGAACUGCAACUCCAGUCGUUUGGCCAUAAUCGACAUCGCAGGUGUGCUGACUUUGUUGGACCUGGAAGUUCGUGCCUCCACUGAUGACAGCACAGGAAACCAGGCGUCUGCAGGAGAUCCAUCCAAGUUUGAGCGCAAGGAUGUUUGGGACAUGAAGUGGGCGAAUGACAAUCCUGAUCUGUUUGCCAUGAUGGAGAAGACCCGGAUGUACGUCUUCAGGAACCUAGACCCAGAGGAACCAAUCCAAACAUCUGGAUACAUUUGCAACUUUGAAGACCUGGAAAUCAAAUCUGUCCUGCUUGAUGAAAUCAUGAAGGAUCCAGAGAGGCCUAACAAAGACAACCUCAUCAACUUUGAAAUCCGCUCUCUGAGAGACAGUCGUGCAUUGAUUGAAAAAGUGGGGAUUGAAGAUGCCUCACAGUUCAUCGAAGACAAUCCACACCCAAGGCUAUGGCGCCUGCUGGCUGAGGCAGCCCUCCAGAAGCUGGAUCUAAAGACAGCGGAACAGGCCUUCGUCCGUUGCAAAGACUACCAAGGCAUUGAGUUUGUCAAGCGCCUGGGCAACCUGCAGAGCGAGCCCAUGAAACAGGCGGAGGUGGCAGCUUACUUCAGCAGCUUCGAAGAAGCCGAGCGGAUGUACUUGGAUAUGGAUCGAAGGGACCUUGCCAUCAGCCUUAGGAUCAAGCUGGGAGACUGGUUCAGGGUUCUCCAGCUGCUCAAAAGUGGCUCUGGUGACUGUGAUGAUAGUCUGCUGGUACAGGCGUACAAUGCAGUUGGAGACUACUUUGCUGACAGGCAGAAGUGGGCCAAUGCAGUGCAGUACUACCUUCAAGGUCGUAACCAGGAGAGGCUGGCAGAAUGCUACUACAUGUUAGAGGACUAUGAAGGCCUUGAAAAGCUGACCAUUGUGCUGCCAGAGAAUCAUAAACUUUUACCGGAGAUUGGACAGAUGUUUGCCACUGUGGGCAUGUGUGAACAGGCUGUGAAAGCCUACCUUAAGUGCAACCAGCCCAAAGCUGCUGUUGACACCUGUGUCCAUCUGAACCAGUGGAACAAAGCCGUGGAACUCACCAGAACCCACAACAUGAAGGAGAUUAAAUCUCUUCUUUCCAAAUAUGCUUCACAUUUGCUUGAGAAGAAUAAAACCUUAGAGGCGGUGGAACUUUAUCGGAAAGCUCACCAUUUUCUUGAUGCAGCCAAACUCAUGUUUAAGAUAGCAGAUGAGGAGGCGGAGAAAAGGACAAGACCACUGCGGGUGAAGAAGCUCUACGUGUUGGCAGCACGUCUUGUUGAAAAUUACCACGAGCAGGUGAAGACGUCACAACAGAGCAAAGCCAAAGGGAAGAAGUCUGAGGCGACAUUUGCACUUGCUGGGCUGCUUGAGGAAGAUGCAACCUCUUCAGACAACCGUAUUGUGGACAAUGCCUGGCGAGGAGCAGAGGCGUAUCACUUCUUCCUGCUCGCUCAGAGGCAGCUAUAUAAAGGCUACAUGGAGAACGCCAUGCGCACAGCCCUUCACUUGCGUGAGUAUGAGGACAUCAUCCCAGUGGUGGAGAUCUACUCUCUGCUCGCCAUUUGCUCCGCAGCCAACCGGGCCUUUGGCACAUGCUCACAGGCCUUCAUCAAGCUGGAGUCCUUAGAGAGUCUGGACCCAGAACACCGUCAGCUUUACGAGGAUCUGGCUCUAGAGAUCUUCACCAAACACACCCCAAGGGACAGCCGCACGGUGGAGCUGGACAGAUCACCAGAGGGGGCGGAAGGAAAAUUGCCCACGUGCAUUGUGACGGGUCUACCGAUCCAGGAGUACCAGUUCUGGAUGUGCAGUGUGUGUAAACACUGUGCUCUAGAGCAGGAGAUCCGUAAAUAUAACUGCUGCCCACUGUGUCACUGUCCUGUGGUAUGAAGCACAGUCCCAGAAGAAAACUUCACUUUAGGAGGGCAACCCAAAGAAUUGUAAUGUACUUUAGCCUUCAUGCAUGUUUUUUUUUUUUUUAUGAGUUUGUAGAACAAAUUAUUUACUGUUGCACUUUCAACUUCAUGCUUAAAGCUCUUGGACCAACUCGGCUUUUUGUGGUUAAUACUCAAAUAGGCAGCUGUGGAGAUGCUAACGGAAGAAGCGCCUAAAUUGUCAUUUGUGCUGUCAGCAGUUAAAACAUAGCAAAAUAAAUGUUCAGUCAGCUUCAACCUUCACGUCUUUAAUAACUGACUCAAAUGUAUUUCUUUUACUAAAUGCUGUAAAAUACAUGAAUGAAUAUUACUGCUAUGUUUGUAUUUUUAUAUGAAAGUAAACAGUGAAUAAACCAUCACAUACAUUUUAAAAUGUUUUUUGAUUAGAUUAUCAAAGGGAAACACUCUUUCUCUUUUUUUCUCUUUUGAUUUUAGUUUUUUGUACAUGAUGAGAUGGAAUUUGCUAGUGUUCAUGUUUUUAGCCUUGAAUGUUCCCGUGUCAAGACAAAAAUGUUUGGUUAAGUUCAAAUAGUCAUCAACAUUGAUUACAUGGUAAAUAACUAAAACUGCACUAAUGUUUGCAGGAAAUAACAUGAAGAAAUUUAAAGUAAAACCACAACCUCUUGGCUCCACCACUGUAGUCUGCACUGAAGCUGCUCUGGCUGUUUUGUUGCAUGUCAGAGGGCUGACCUGCCUCUGGGACAAUCUUCUCCUGCCACCUGCUGUCAGUAAACGGGAUAAGUGGGAGGCUCCAGCAUCGUAAACACUCAUUUUUCAAUUUGUGUCAUCUUACUGUGAAGCAUGUAUGAAGGACAUUUUCUGUAACUUGGUAUGCAUUUUAGUGAGAGGACAUGUUGAAGAUGUGUCUGAAUUAUUACUUACAGUGACGAAUGAUUACUCACUUUUCGCUGGGCUGUGAAGAUGUGUUUAGAUGGCAGAUAAGGAGUUGCUGUUUUAUCAGCAGGGUGUUCAAGAUUACACGCUUUACGUCACACUGGGAUUCUUCAAAUUAUUCACGGCACUUACAGUGUACACGUUGUACUACGAACCUUAAUUCU